GCCGCCGCCGCCGCCGCCGGCGGAGCUCAGCCGCGCCCGCGGCCCGCGGCCGCCACGCAAGAUUAUGUUGCUUUUUAGUCGUCAGGGAAAGCUUCGACUGCAGAAAUGGUAUGUCCCACUAUCAGACAAAGAGAAGAAAAAGAUUACAAGAGAACUUGUUCAAACCGUUUUAGCACGGAAACCUAAAAUGUGCAGCUUUCUCGAGUGGCGAGAUCUGAAGAUUGUUUACAAAAGAUAUGCUAGUCUGUACUUUUGCUGUGCUAUCGAGGAUCAGGACAAUGAGCUAAUUACCCUGGAAAUAAUUCAUCAUUACGUGGAAUUACUUGACAAGUACUUUGGCAGUGUGUGUGAACUUGAUAUCAUCUUUAAUUUUGAGAAGAAUUAUUUUAUUUUGGAUGAGUUUCUUUUGGGAGGGGAAGUUCAGGAAACAUCCAAGAAAAAUGUCCUUAAAGCAAUUGAGCAGGCUGAUCUACUGCAGGAGGAAGCUGAAACCCCACGUAGUGUUCUUGAAGAAAUUGGACUGACAUAAUUCUCCUACCUUGUUGAUGACUUCUUGUGGCAUUUCACACACUGUAGAUGGUCACUGCCUUCAUGUCCAUGUUAGCUAAUGGUAUAAGAUGACGUCUUGUCAGUAUUACUGUUUUGCUAAGCUGCUUCAUUCAGGCCUACACAAAUUUUUUUUUUAAAGGGAAUUUUUGGUUAAUCAAGUGAUAACUUAAGGGACUUAAAUACAAAUUAGAACGAUGCAGAAAAAGAAAGGUACCUUUUCUGGAUAUUUUAAAGUUUAUAGAUCUGUUUCUCCCAAUCGAAUCAUGUUAUCUAUGAGAACGACAGAACCAGGCAUUUUACAUUCAUUAAUUACCGUCUUUGGCAAAGGAAACUGUUAAAUUAUAUGCAACCUGGCUUUAUGAAACCAAAGACUAGUGUGUAGCAUUUCAGCAUAUCUGAGAAUAAAGGGAAUCGAUACUCACAUAUCAAAUGAAUUAAAAUUUAACUGUUUAUAUUGAGACUUCAGAAAAAAAAACAAAUUUAUACCAAAGACCCUUAUUGGAAACUACACACUUAAAGGGAACACACAAAUGACUAAAUUGAAAUGAUGCGUUUUACACUAAAAAUUAUUUCUCCAGCAUUGCAAACCGGGGUCGAGGAACAGAGAUAGACUGUUUAAUAGUGAACACGUUACUUUUAAGGCCAAGGAACGUUCAAUUCCUGAGACAGAUUUUUUUCGUGGUCAUAACGAUUUAGUGACUUAGACAGCUUUCGAGGCCCCCA